UCCACCUCCGUCCUUGGAGCUUGCUUCCUCCGCUCGCCUGCCAGAGUAUUCCUUCCUUUUAUGGUCCUCAGCUUCUCAUCGCGUUGCGCCGACACGAUCUGAGUCCGUGAGGGCGGAACAAGAUAGGUGCUGGUGGUCAAAGAUCGGAGAUGGCGGGCGGUGGCAGCGGCGGGGGCGGCUCGCUGCUGCGCGGCUUCCUGUCGCUCUUCUUCCUCCUCUUCCUCCACAUCGGCCACGCCGGCUGCUGCUUCUCGCCUGGGUCCGCCGCGCGGGCGCGGGAGGAGGACGAAGCUGCGGACGCGGAGGCCGAUGGGAAGGUGGGCGGCGGCGGCGGGAGCAACAAGAGGAGGAAGAUAUCGCCGUUGAUUUUCUCGCCGGCACCGUCGUCCUCUGCCGUUACCAACGGUAGUGCCAGAGCUCGGUGCGGGCACGUGUCGUCGGUCGCCGCCAGCCUUCGGUUCUACCUCCACCGAAUUUUCUCUUCAUCCGCGGCCAAGGAUGGUGCCGUUGCGGGCAGGGAGGAGGAGGAGGCGGCGGCGGUGGUCACCACCGUGUCCUCGCCGCUCGCCCAGUCCCUGCCGCCUCAGCUUUCGGCGUCGGUGGUUCUGUCCACGCCGUCCUCGCCGUGCGCGUCGUCCUCGCCGUUCAUGUCGCCGCUCUCGGUGCGCUCCCUCAGCGCCACCCCCGUCCCGUCCUCACCGCAGAAGCUGCUGCAGGCGAGCAGGCAGUCGUCCCGGUCGUUCGCCGCCCGCGGCGACGUGUUCCCCUGCAAGCUGUGCGGCGAGGUGCUGGGGAGGCCGCAGCUGCUGGAGCUCCACCAGGCCAUGAAGCAUUCCCUGUCGGAGCUCACCCACCUCGACUCCAGCAUGAACAUCAUCCGCAUGAUCUUCCUCGCCGGGUGGAAGCCCGCCGCGUCCGGCGCCGCCGAGGCCCCCGCCGUCCGCCGCAUCCUCAGGAUCCACCACAACCCCCGCGCGCUGGCCCGCUUCGAGGAGUACCGCGACCUCGUCCGCGCGCGCGCCGCCCGGCGCCGCGGCGAGGGGGGCGGCGCCGCCGUCGUGGAGGAGCGGUGCGUCGCGGACGGGAACGAGCGCCUGCGCUUCCACUGCUCCACCAUGCUCUGCUCCCUGGGCGGCGGCGGCGCGUGCGGGAGCCCCUACUGCUGCGUGUGCAGCACCCUGCGGCACGGCUUCGCGGGGAAGCAGGCCGACGUGGACGGCAUCGCCACCUACGCCUCCGCGUGGGCCGCGCACGCGUCCCUCCCCGAGGACGUGGAGCGCGAGUUCGCGUUCCUCCAGGUGCGCCGCGCCAUGCUGGUGUGCCGCGUCGUGGCGGGGCGCGUCGGCCGCGGCGCCGCGGACGACAAGGUGGCCUACGACUCCAUGGUGCCCGCGCGCGGCGGCGGCGACGACGUCGAGCUGCUGGUGUUCAACCCCAGAGCCGUGCUCCCGUGCUUCGUCAUCCUCUACGGCAGCUAGCCAGCAGCCACGACGACGCCCACGACACGGCCAGCCUGCACGUAGUACUUGUGUAUAGCCUUUUCGCUGCUCCUUUGCCCAAUCCCAGUUCGGUGUCCCCGGUCGCGGUCGGUCACUCGCCGCGGCGUGGGCGCGGCCGUGGGGAAGCUCGCGCUCCUGUCCCGGAGCUCUGGAUCUCCUGGUUGGACCGUGCGAUCAGCACUGGCCGAAGCCGUCGUCCAAUUUGCCGGAUCCGAUCGAGGUUGUGAAUGAUGCGGAUGCGACGCGCCAGAACCAUAAUGUUAUGGAGUCAUGUAUAUGUAGUGGUGUGGUUGGCAUGUUUCUGUGGCUGCUACUGUUGGGUCCCCUGUCAACUGUUUUGCUACAUGGUCUAGUGGUCUCUGCCCAAUUAUCCUGGCUUCUCAUUU